GAGAGCCAUAUCGGCUUUUAAGUGGUACAGAAUAUGUUGUUGGACGCAGAAACUGCACGAUUUUAAUUCAGGGUGAUCAGUCCAUCAGUCGAAGUCAUGCAGUUCUGACAGUAAGUCGUCCUGAAACAACCCCUAGCCACUCUCUCUCAGUCCCUAUAUUAACAGUAAGAGAUACAUCUAAGUAUGGUACCUUUGUUAAUGGAUCAAAACUCAAUGGCGCUUCAGUGUCUGUGCAGUCUGGUGACAGAAUCAACUUCGGAGUCUUUGAGAGCAAGUUUAGAGUAGAGUAUGAACCUUUGGUUGUCUGCUCCUCAUGUUUGGAUGUUGCUCAGAAAACUGCUUUAAAUCAAGCCAUCCAGCAGCUUGGAGGUCUUGUAGUGAAUGAAUGGACAAAAGAGUGUACUCACCUUGUAAUGAUAUCAGUAAAAGUUACUGUUAAGACUAUAUGUGCUUUGGUUUGUGGCCGACCAAUUGUAAAACCAGAGUUUUUUGUUGAAUUAAUCAAAGCUAUUCAGUCCAGGCAACAGUUGCCAAGUCAUGAAAGCUUUUGUCCACCAGUUGAUGAGCCUUCCAUUGGCACCGAAAACCUGGAUUUAUCUGAGCAUCAUGAAAGGAAAAAAAUAUUCAGUGGAAAAACUUUCUUAUUUCUCACUGACAAGCAGUACAAGAAACUGGGUCCAGCAGUUGUUCUUGGAGGAGGGGAAGCAAAAUUGAUGACGGAGGGAAGAAACGAAACUUCUUUACUGGUUUCUCCUGAAGUUUGUGUUGUUGAUGUGGGGUUGACAAACUCUCAGAUCCCAGGAUCUGACUCCAUGAGAAACUGGACUGGUUCUAUUCUGACUGUCUUGCAAAGCAAGGAUCUCAGAGCUAUUCCCGAGGCAGAAAUUGGAUUGGCAGUUAUUUUCAUGUCUACGGAAAAAUACUGCAAUCCUCAAAAGCAGCCUGGUAACAAAGCUUUAACUAAAAGUACUCCUGCAUCAGCUGUUGCAGGGCGAGCCAUUUCUCAGAGUUUGGCAGUGGAUGAAACCGUAAUGCCAACUGCUGCAGAUAACAGCGCAGUAUAUAUAGCUGAUACAGAAAUAGAAGAGCAGACAUGUAUGGAGAUAGAGAAUACUCCCCAGAUGGACAGAAGAGAGAAAAUAGCUUUCCAGGAUAUAACCACUGUAAAGAAAAACCCUAGCACAAGUGGCAACGUAAAUGCAGGAACAUCGAUACCUAGAGUGAACAGAAUAUCUGGGUUUAGUCAAAAAAGCCAUUCUGUCUUGCCAUCUAAAAUUUUAGAAGCUGGUAAACCUAGAGAGUGUGCUUCACGUCACCAGUCUAAUUCAAUUACAAAUUACUUCCAGGUAGCUGGAAAAAGGGAAAGAGCUGAAGAAGAAGAAGAAACAUCUGUACCCAAACUAGCAAAACUGGAGGAAAGGUCGUCACCGGUUUCCAAGUGCACCAAACCCACAGCUUCAUCAGUGUGGAACAAUGAAGCAGAACAGCAUCAAAAGGAAAGUAACAUCCUGGACCCAAAACCAAGUGGCAAACUAGCAAGUGAGAAAACAGACACUAAAAUUACUUCUAAUGAAAAGCAUGCACCAAAGAAGAGAAAGGAGUUAGAUGAUUCAGCUGAAGAUACAGAGGCUCUAGAAAUUGUGUUUGGAAGCAGAGACCUAGACUGGGAAGGUCAAAUGGCAGAUCAUGGCCAGGAAGCUCAAGAAAAUAUAAAAAAAAAAAGAUGUUUGGAAACCAGAGGAAGCUGGAUUCAAGAAAUAAAUGUAAAACAGGGAGAGGAGAAUAAAAUACUGAAAGAAGAGGAACUUGGAUCAGUUCUAACUUCAGAAAUGAAAAGUGAGAUCAGGCAAGAGUCCCCAGUCUUGGUAAGAAACCAGUUAAUUAACCACAACAAACUUCAAGAUGACUCCAGCAAUCUUCCUAGCAGACUUCUGUUGACUGAGUUUAGAUCGUUGGUUGUUAGCCAUCCAAGACAGAACAGUCAGCUUACUGGAAAUACCAGCUACGGGGGAAAGAAGAAUUUCAAAAUGUUCAGAAAGGUAGCGUAUCCAGGGGCAGGACAACCUCCUUACAUUAUUGGAGGGUCAGAUUUGAUUGCUCACCAUGCUAAAAAGAAUUCAGAGCUAGAAGACUGGUUAAAGCAAGAAAUAGAGGAACAGAACCGACAGGCAAGAGAAGACUCACUUGCUGAUGAUCUCUUUAGAUACGAUCCUAAUGUGAAAAGGAGAAGAUAA